AUGCCACCAAAAGCUGAUUGGGAUAAAUAUAUAGCGCCAACUGAAGAUGACGAGAAGAAUCAAGAGAAAAUCGUUCCUUUAUCAGAAGGUGAUAUUCAAGUAUUGAAAACGUAUGGAGCAGCACCAUAUGCCAAUCAAUUAAAAGAAAUUGAAAAGGAUUUAAAAGAUAUCGAAGAGAGAAUAAAGGAAAACAUCGGAGUGAAAGAAAGUGAUACCGGAUUAGCACCUCCACAUUUAUGGGAUGUGGUUGGAGAUAAACAAAGAAUGCAACAAGAACAAUCAUUACAAGUUGCAAGAUGUACCAAGAUCAUUGAAGCAACUCAACAAGCAGCUCCUACUAGUGGGUUACAAAACGCUGAUUCUAAAUCCAAAUAUGUCAUUAAUAUAAAACAAAUUGCCAAAUUCGUGGUAGGAUUAGGAGAACGAGUAUCUCCUACUGAUAUUGAAGAAGGUAUGAGAGUUGGUGUUGAUAGACAAAAAUAUGAAAUCCAACUACCAUUGCCACCAAGAAUUGAUCCUUCAGUGACAAUGAUGACAGUUGAAGAAAAGCCAGAUGUGACAUAUAGUGAUGUGGGUGGUUGUAAAGAACAAAUUGAAAAAUUAAGAGAAGUUGUUGAAUUACCAUUAUUGAGUCCUGAAAGAUUUGUUAAAUUAGGAAUUGAUCCUCCUAAGGGUAUUUUAUUAUAUGGUCCACCAGGUACUGGUAAGACUUUAUGUGCAAGAGCUGUUGCAAAUAGAACUGAUGCUACAUUUAUAAGAGUCAUUGGUUCUGAAUUGGUGCAGAAGUAUGUUGGUGAAGGUGCAAGAAUGGUUAGAGAAUUAUUCGAAAUGGCCAGAACUAAGAAGGCAUGUAUUAUUUUCUUUGAUGAAAUUGAUGCUAUUGGAGGUGUAAGAUUUGAUGAUGGAGCAGGAGGAGAUAAUGAAGUGCAGAGAACAAUGUUGGAAUUGAUUACUCAAUUAGAUGGGUUUGAUCCAAGAGGUAAUAUCAAGGUUAUGUUUGCAACAAAUAGACCUAAUACAUUAGAUCCUGCCUUAUUGAGACCAGGUAGAAUUGAUCGUAAAGUCGAAUUCUCAUUGCCUGAUUUAGAUGGUAGAGCAAAUAUUUUUAGAAUUCAUUCUAAAACCAUGAGUUGUGAAAAGGAUAUUAGGUGGGAAUUGAUUUCAAGAUUGUGUCCUAAUGCUACUGGUGCAGAAUUAAGAUCAGUUUGUACAGAAGCAGGUAUGUUUGCAAUUAGAGCAAGAAGAAAGGUUGCUAAUGAAAAAGAUUUCCUUAAAGCGGUUGAUAAGGUCAUCAAGGGUAACUUGAAAUUCAGUUCUACAAGUGAAUAUAUGCAAUACAAUUAG